UACCCCCGCUGAUGGCAUAGAUCACCCAACCCUGCAUCUUCGUUCAGAGCUCGACUCUAUUUACACUCUGUCUCUAAGCAGGAUACCAGCCUCUAUUUUCCUCCAGGUUUGAAGCCACCCUAGCUCGCAAACUUCUUCUUCGUUCACGCACCCCCUUUAUCUUGCUGAACGAGGGGCCCCUUCACGUUCUUAGCACCAUCAUGGCAAAGUUGCUUGUCUUGUUGCUCUGCUCUUGUGCUCUGUCUUUGGGAGUCUUCAUUUUCUCUUCCAUUGAAGCCGUUCUCUUGAAAGCGAGUCGCCAACAUAAUAGUCGCUACCAUCAUGCGCUUACUCGGAAUCAAAAUACUGGCGGAACUACACCCACGCCUAUCGGUACUAAGCAUGUCGGGGAUUGGCCUGCUGCCAUUGUGAAGGCGAAAGCUGUCGUGGCAAGUAUGUCUGUGAAGGAUAAAGUUGCGCUUGCCACUGGUGUAGGUAGGGAAAAGGGUCCUUGUGUUGGUAACACCCCCGCUGUCCCAUCCAUCGACUACCCGGGUCUUUGCUUGCAAGAUUCCCCAACCGGGGUCCGGCUUGCGGAUUUUGUUAGCGUCUUCCCGGCAGGAAUCAACAUUGCUGCAACGUUCAAUAGGACUAUGAUGCGGGCUCGUGGCCUUGCAAUGGGCGCUGAGUUCAAAGGGAAGGGUGUGAAUGUCGCAUUGGGUCCUGAUAUCAACAUCGUUCGGUCUCCCAGAGCAGGGAGGAACUGGGAAACGUUUGGAGCUGAUCCAUAUCUCACUGGGGAAGCCAGCUUCGAGACUGUGAAAGGAUUGCAGGCUAACGGACUUCAAGCUUGUGUGAAGCAUUACAUUAAUAAUGAACAAGAGACAAAUCGCACGUCAUCCUCUUCUAAUGUUGAUGAUCGCACUACACAUGAGAUCUAUCUCCACCCAUUCUUCAAAGCCAUUCAAGCUGGUGUAGUUUCGUUCAUGUGUUCAUAUAACCAAGUGAAUGGAACCUACGCAUGCGAAAAUGAGCAUGUCCUCAAUGACCUGCUCAAAACAGAGCUUGGAUUUCAAGGCUAUGUCAUGACGGAUUGGUGGGCACGUUUGGAUGAAUUUGGAACACUUGCUGUGAACAAAGGGCUCGACAUGGUCAUGCCAGGCGAAGUCUCCCGCGGCGGAAAAUCCUCGUACUUUGGAACCGCACUGGUAAAUGCAGUCAAGACAGGGCAGGUACCCACCUCCCGUCUCGACGAUAUGGCAACCCGUAUACUGGCGGCGUACUAUGUGCAAGGACAGGACAGUGGAGAUUAUCCUAGCGGUGAUCAUAAGAAGCUGAUCAGGAGCAUGGGGGCUGCUAGUACCGUGUUGUUGAAGAAUGAUGGAAGCCAAUUGCCAUUGGGGAAUAGCGUGAGAAGUAUUGCGGUUGUUGGGAGUGAUGCGGGGCCUAAUCCAGAGGGACCUAACAGUUGUCUAGGACGCCGCUGUAAUGUUGGCAUCUUGGCUCUUGGAUGGGGAAGUGGUACCGCCGACUUUACAUACCUCAUCGACCCGCUCUCCGCCAUAACCGCAAAGGCAAACUCUAUCAAUGCCACUGUGUUUUCAAGCCUAAGCGAUGCUGAUCUGAUUGCAGCGAAAAAUGCUUCAUCUGGGAAGGAUGUCGCAUUUGUGUUCAUUACCGCUGAUUCAGGUGAAGCAAGUGAGGGACAUAUUCUCGUCGAGGGGAAUCUAGGUGACAGGAACGAUUUGAACGCAUGGCAUGGUGGGAACGAGCUUGUAAAGGCCGUGGCGGGGGAGAACAAGAACACUGUUGUGAUCAUUCAUGCCGUUGGGGCGAUCAACAUGGAAUUAUGGAUUGAUCAUCCGAAUGUUACCGCGGUUGUACAUGCUGGACUUCAAGGUCAAGAAGCUGGAAACUCCCUCGUUGACAUCUUUGCUGACAUAUCUAGCGGAUAUAAUGUCGAUUACACUGAGGGAUUGUAUAUCGACUAUCGAUGGUUUGACCAGAACAAUAUUACGCCACGGUUCGAGUUUGGAUAUGGACUCAGCUAUACUUCGUUCUCUUAUUCCGCUCUGGCGAUCGUAUACUUGCGUGGGGGCUUGGGUGACAAAUCUCAGGGCCCCAUUGGCCUUGAGCGGUCCUUAUCAUCGUGGCUACACAACGAUUGGAUCACAGUCACGUUUGAGCUCACUAACACUGGACUCGUGGAUGGCACUGAGAUCCCUCAGUUAUACAUAGCCCCUCGCCUUCAUCCAACUCUCCACCUAAACAACUUCGCAACUUUGACAGUGUCUUCCUUCGAAAAGGCGAAUCAACCCUCGUGAAGAUGUGUUUGAGUCGGUAUAGUUUUGCCGUUUGGAACAGUGUUGAGCAGCGGUGGGGAGUUCCAAGGGGAAAGUAUGGCAUUUGGGUUGGAGCUAGUAGCAGGGACAGGCGUCUCUAUGAGGAGAUUCAUGUCCGAGGGUUUUGAUGCAAAGCACCAUUAAUGGGGCGAAGCGGGCCAUGGGGAGUUAAGUGUCAAGGUUGUCUGAUAAGCAGAAAUGAUUUGGUGCGCUCCAAGCGCUUGACCCAAUAUCGCAACGUUUGUUUUGCGUCCGACCAUCCCCGGGUUGGGAGUAAAGGUGCAAAUUUGGGCACGACGACAAAUCCGUUGCAUCCCAUCUAUACUAGAAGCUCUUGAGAUUAUUGACUGAUGGUGCAUUGCAACCAAGAAUCUUCCUAUUGUUGACAAAGCUGAAUCCGGUUAUGACUCUCGAAUCAUACGCGUCAAAAUAUAGCG